AUGCUACCCACCAUGGCUCUUCCGUCGCAAUUCCAUCCACACCAUCAUAUGGACCGCCGCUUUGGCUACGAUUCAGGCCGCCCGUACGACCUUCACCAUCGUUCCUUCCUACAAGACCUCGACCGAGACUCCGCCGCAUCUGUACCGAGGUCCCGAAAUGAAUAUCCUCAUCCUAUCCAACGACCGGUUUCGCUCAAUCCAGACACUCCUGAUGCUACCAAAGUGACGAAGACAGCUGAACAUACCUUGAGAAGGAAGACGCCGAAUGGAACUUUGGCGGCAGGGUAUGAUGGCACCCCAGGCGAUAGAGCAAUCCAGCCGCCGGCGGCAAAACAUAUCAUAGUUUCUUCUCUCGAUUCACGACAGCAACAUCCAUCGUCACAUCCCACUCCUUCGGUCGACAGCUAUACGUGGCAGUCUAUGCCUGUUGAACAGGUUUCGUCGCUCAGCUACCAAAACUUUCCCCCGGCUUUCCAACAAGACUUCGGUCAAAAUCACAGCAGCGGUAAUAACAGCUUGUCCGUCGAGCAAUAUCAGCCAGGCGCCGCCACAGGACCGAGCUGGGUUCGGUCUCUCAACUUGCAGCCGGGUGUGGACUCUGUCCUUCAUCAAUCACCACCCAUACCUCAGUUGCCAGCUUAUUACCUGCAUAAUGGCCCUUCAGUGCCUACCGUUCUCCCCGCAUCCCUUCAAUCUUUUCUCGGCCCAACCGCACCAGUGGGUACUGGUCCGUAUGGUCCUUACUGGCCUGAUGGUGCCUAUAUACCAUAUCGUCCCGCUGCUCAGAGAGAUUCUCGUUUCGGCGCUGGGUCUGCUUUCUCACCUGACGGGAACUCCGCCCGCUUGUUCGACCUACAGAACCCAAUGCUUAAUCAGAACUCAUACUCCGUGUCAAACUUCCCUGAUUCGGGCUUUUCCUGGAAUCAAUUGCCAUCCAACGCGAGUAAAAAUGAUGUUUUGCUGCAGCAAACCAAAUUUCCUCCACGCCAUUCCCAUCAUCCUUCCUUGACUAAUAUCAAAGACCAGCAUCGCAACAACCUUCCAUAUCAUGUCCGUGCUGCUAGCGGGUUGAAUAAUGCACCUGCUAGACCUCUUUCGCACACUAACUAUAGCGCUCCUCCAUCUCUGUCGGAUCCUCAAGCACGAGUACAAACCGCCGAAUUUAAAGAAAAAGUUCUGUCAUGGGCCCAUGGUGUAUAUGUCGAUCUUCUAGCAAGCCUUCAUCAUGCAAGGAAGAAUAGCCUUUCGAACUCGUCUGCAGAUGGCAAAUCACAGCGAAAUUUGAAGCCCGCCAUCUUUCCCAAACCACCGCGGCAACCUGGAUUGGAUUUCUCUACUCAUAUCGACAUGCCACGUCACAAUAGCUAUCCUUCGUCCAGAUUUGACCUAUCCCCCCAUGGUUCGAAUCGUCAGUCAUUCAAUCGACAAUUGGAGAGGCCCAUGUCUGGGCUCAUGUUCAAUCAACGCUCUCAUACGACUCCGCAGUUCAAUGAUGGCUUCCACACUAUCCGCAAAUCUUCUGGUGCCUCAUUAGCUCAAUUGACGGGCUCUGUUCCAUCGGAGAGCACGACCAUGGCAAGCGCAGCAUCUGCUUUGGAAUUGCUGUCUCAUUUGUGCAGUGAAAGUAAUUGGGAAUGGAUUGAUGGCAUGCUGCUUGGUGGCUGCUUGGCAUAUGGCCUUGGGGACUAUCAAAAGGCGACACGUUGGUAUUCUAGAAUCAUCGCUCGAGAUGCCAGGCAUGUUGAAGCUAUCAGUAAUCUCGCUGCAACGUUUCUCGCAUUGGAUCAAAAAGAAGAGGCACUUCAGCAUUGGCUGCGUGCAGUCAAAUUACGCCCUAGCCACUUUGAAGCGGUUGAACACCUAAUUAAUCUGUUAUGCACUAGUCAUCGUGGAAGAGAAGCUGUCAACAUUAUCAAAUUCGUCGAGAACAGUCUGCGUGUACCACAAAAUGGCGAGUAUUUCCGUUCUGACGAACACGCAAGUGAAACUGAAAGCGAUGCCGAAAGUACAAAUUCAUAUGAUCGCGUGGCUUUCGAUUAUGACAAUGAUUUAGACCGAGUACUAUCCAUGAAGAUCAACCUCAACGACUCUAUUUCCACUGGCUUCGCUUCUAGUGGAUUUGCGAUCCCCGGUUCGGACAAUGGGAGAAUUCUCGCACUCGUACAUGCCAAAGGCAAUAUGCUUUAUGCUCUAGGAGACAAUGCAGGUGCCGCUGCCGCAUUUGAAGAGUCUAUCUUGAUUGCCUCAGGCCGCAGGUGUCGUGGAAUCAAAGGCUUGAUCAAGCAGAUUGUGGACGCUUUCUCCCGAAAUGGAUAUGGCCGGAUCGGUGAAGACGACAUGGCCAGGAACCCGCUCCUACUUCCACCAGACCGAGCAACUCAGACAGCAACUCUCGUUUUCCCCCCGUAUGGAUACCCUCCUGGUCUUGAGUAUGUUGCCGAGGGACUAUCGAGGAAAGCUGCCAUUUCAACUACCAGCAAUUCUCUGCUUUCCCUGGCUAAGAUAUACCAAGAUGGUAUGUCGAAUAUAUCUGCCAGUGGUAUUUCGAAGGCGGCCACAAAUGGUGUGAGAGAUAUUCUGGCUCUGUACUAUCUCUCUUUGUCGCUUCAACCAAGUCCGUCCACCGCGAACAAUGUCGGCAUUCUCCUCGCAAGUAUUCAGCACAAUGGUCCCGGAAAGGUACGACCUCGCAGCAUUUCUAGCAAGAAUUCCAUACCACAGAUACCCGGUGUCGCCCCUGACAGCGGUAUCGCGCUUGCUUUGUCAUAUUAUUCGUAUGGCUUGACUCUCGACCCGAAACAUGCACACCUAUACACGAAUCUGGGUAGCCUAUGGAAGGAUAUUGGCCAACUUCAUGCCGCCAUUCGCAUGUACGAGUUGGCUGUUCAGUACGACGGAAACUUUGACAUCGCCCUUGCCAACCUUGCCAACGCUGUCAAAGAUGCCGGUCGCAUCAACGAUGCCAUUGUCUACUACAAAAGAGCCGUCAAAGUCAACCCGGAUUUUGCUGAAGCUGUCUGUGGUCUGGCAAAUGCGCUUAAUUCCGUCUGUAAUUGGACCGGUCGUGGUGGUAUCCUUAAUGGAUUCGGGUUCACCGAUCAGGUGCAUGUUGACGAGAAGGGAUUACCUCGGGAUGUCGACAGCAUACAAGUUGGCUUUGGAUGGAUGAAGCGAGUGGUUGACAUUGUCGAUAAGCAACUGAGGGAUGGAGAGACAUGGGGUCGAGGUAUACUUACGUCGGCCGCUGUCGAACAGUUGUGUGCGCAAGUGUCGUCCAUGUCACAGUAUAACAGCAACGCACGGAAUUUGGUGUCGCUGCUAAAAUCUUGGGCCGGUCAGAAAUGGGAAGGGUCAAGGAUCGUCAGACUCGUAGAACGCAUUGUACGAUCUAUCACUUGGCAGUGGUAUCAGGAUCUUCAUGUCAAUGGCAAAGAGUAUCCACUAUCUCGAUACAGGCGGCCCCAAUUACCACCCGGUCUCUCGGCACCAAACGCUCCAACAGUGCUUCCUUUCCACACUUUCACAUGUCCUCUUUCCGCCAAGCAGAUUCGGCAUAUUUCACAGCGUAACGGCCUUCGAAUCUCUAGUGCUACACUCCGCUCAGCUUGGCUUCCACAAACGGUGUACCCACCUCCAAAGCCGCCACAGCCAUAUCUCAAGGUUGGAUAUGUCUCGUCGGACUUUAACAACCAUCCUCUAGCUCAUCUUAUGCAAUCUGUCUUUGGAUUUCACAAUCCGAAUCGAGUCAAAGCCUACUGUUACGCAACAACCGCUAGUGACAACUCUACUCAUCGUCAGCAGAUCGAACGCGAAUCGCCGCAAUUUCAUGAUGCCAGUGGAUGGCCAGUUGACCGAUUAGUAGAGCAGAUUGUUCGUGAUGGAAUCCAUAUAUUGGUCAAUCUUAAUGGAUAUACCCGAGGUGCACGGAACGAGGUCUUUGCAGCCCGUCCCGCCCCGAUACAGAUGUCAUUUAUGGGAUUCGCUGGAACAUUGGGAGCCGAAUGGUGCGAUUACAUUCUAGCAGAUGAGCUAUCCAUUCCACGCGACACAUUGAGUCCUGGAAGACGAGAUUAUCGUAUUGAAGAUCGCAUAUUUGAAGAUGAUCAUGGGGAAGAAUUGGAGAAUUGGAUGUACGGAGAAAGAAUCGUUUAUACUCGAGCCACAUUUUUCUGCUGUGACCAUCGACAGAGCGCGCCAGACAGUGACGCCCCACAUAUUGGUUGGGACAGUGAGCAAGAAAGACGUUGGAAGAUGAGAAAGGAGCUCUUCCCGGCUCUUCCAGACGAUGCCAUCAUUCUUGGAAACUUCAAUCAGCUUUACAAGAUUGAACCGACAACAUUCCGUACAUGGCUUCGCAUCCUCUCAGACAUUCCAAAAGCUGUUCUGUGGCUUUUGCGAUUUCCCGAACUUGGUGAGCAGAAUCUCAAAGAUUGUGCCGUCAAGUGGGCCAACGAAGAGAUCGCGUCGCGAAUCAUCUUCACGGAUGUUGCUCCCAAACAAGCGCAUAUUGCACGGGCACAGGUGGUUGAUUUGUUUUUGGACACGCCCGAAUGCAAUGCACAUACGACAGCAGCUGACAUACUCUGGAGCGGCACACCGAUGCUCACAUUUCCGCGCUAUAAAUACAAAAUGUGUUCGCGCAUGGCAUCAAGUAUCUUGAGUAGCGCUUUGCCCGACACGGAAGCCGGUCUUCAAGCUCGUAAAGAACUGGUGGCCAUCUCCGACGAAGACUACCGCGCAAAGGCAAGCCGUCUUUGCCGCGACUUGCGAUAUCAUCCUUCUCAAUCCGAUCAAAGAGAUGGCAACUGCACAGGCCGUCUGGUCGAAUUGCGUCGCAUGCUAUUUACGCACCGGUGGCAAAGCAGAUUAUUUGACACGAGGCGUUGGGUUAAUGAUUUGGAAAAUGCAUAUGAAAAGGUUUGGGAUGCUUGGGUCAAGGGCGAAGAGGGUGAUAUUUGGCUAUAA